AAGAACUAUUUAUGUAGUAGGUAAUGAAAACCGAGUUCCCGAAACGUUGGACCAAUCACACUUGUUUCGGGAGGUGCUAAGCACUAUACCACCUUGAGCAUUGAGUGUUACCCCCCGCCCCUAUCUGCCAGUAAAGUUAUAAAGUGAGGAUUCAAACAAACAAAAUCUGGAUUUGGACCACCAGAGCGGAAAUAAAUUCAUAAAAAUAAACAUCAUGACGAACAUUUCGAAAGGGGAUCCCUCGUUCACGAGGUUGAAGAACAUGGACGAUCAUGAUGCAUUUCUCAGCCGCAUCACUAAAUCUCUCUAUUAUUCAAGACUCCCAAGAAUUGAUCGUUUCAGUUUACCAGUCACUGAAUUUGCAGCCGAACUAUUCACCGAAGUAAAAGGUGGGCUCAGCUUGGAAUGUCUGGAUGUCGAAGAAGCUGGUAGAAUAUCAAGGAAUGCUUGCGUUUCUCCAUGUUCUCUGGUUCUUGCUCUUUUGUAUCUGGAACGUCUGAAAGAUUGUAAUCCAGAAUACUUGCUUAAAGUCGCUCCUUCGGAACUCUUCCUUGUUUCUCUGAUGGUUGCAAGCAAAUUUUUGAAUGAUGACGGGGAAGAGGACGAAGUAUUUAAUAUGGAAUGGGCGAAAUCCGGUGACUUAACAAUCGGCGAAAUCAACCAGUUGGAAAAAGAGUUUCUAGGCGCAAUCGACUGGUCGGUAUUCGUGAAGAAUCGAGAUUUUUGGGAACGUCUACGACGACUGGAAAAGGACAUAGCUUACAAAGAGGGUCGCAAACGAGGUUGGUUUUCCUACACGGAACUAACGUGUUUAAUGGAAAAUGUUCAAUUGGCUGCAAUAGUCCACACAUUUGUGAGCGUCUCGUCAAUCUGUUUGGUGACAUACGCAGCGGGUUUAAUAACAUUACUAGGGUCGGUUUUGGUAGCAAGUCAGCUACCAGGAACGACUUUGGUACCUCAGCAAGUGAUUCAACCGGGAAACGUGCGAAUUACAAAUCUUACUCGUCCUCAGUAUGGAUCGCUGAAUUCCUCGCGAAUUGAAAAUCUGGAAAGUUCUUCUGACAAUACAAAGAUAUCCAAUGACUUCGAUCUUUUGUUGUCCAACGACUUAUGCCUAAAUUGUAAUAUUCUUGGGUCGAAAAAACCAAGCUCGAUAGAGCAAUAUACAAGCUGGGAGUGGUGGCUCGAUUCGGUAAUGACCUGGUUACCGGAACAGUCAAAAAUCAACGACAACGUUAUCGUUAACAGUAUUUACGAUAAAAACAAAAGAUGGGACCGUGGAAUUAUGAGAAAAUAUGGGAAAAAUGAUGAUUCAUAUGAUACUAUUAUUACCACAGAAAAAUUGAGAGGGAAAGGUGAAUACAUACGCGAAGUUGAUAAUCUCAUGAUGGAAAUCAGCUGGAAAAAUACACUCUCCUCUGAUUUCUAUGUUGUUAAUAACGUUUGGCAAUAUUACGCUACUAAAAUAUCGUUACUCGGACCUCAACAUUGAGACUGCAUACACAAUCAUUGAAUAUGUACAGGGCAUUCCACGCCGGUUCGACGUGGAUUAGACCCUUCAACUCUUUCGAUUUCGUUCGCAAUUAUCGCUAACGGUGCAGUUAUUUUUUUCAGACUAUUCUGGAGCGAUGUGACUUUAGAAUGAAUUAAAAAAAAAAUUCCCAAAUUUAAAAAUCUGAAAAAAUUCACAAUCAUCAUAAUUGUUGUAUAAACCAUGUUGAGCAUUGAGCUAAAGGAGUCUUCUUCUGUACAAAAAAAUUUUUUUUUUCCGGGAGAACAAGCUCCAAAAUUGUUUCGAAUUUUUUCACGAUAUCCCUUACCAUUAGUACGUAAAAUUUCAUGUAAUACGGAAAACGUACUUGACACACACGCGCACGAACCAUCAGCUAACACUAACAUCUCUAUACUAUGUAUCUUCACUACUUUUCCAUAUUUUCAAAGCGUUCAAAGGCUCUUCAAUAUUACUAGAGUAUUUCUACCAGCAAUAAGAAUUGGUAGAAAAAAUUUUCGAGGUCAUUUCCAUCAAAAAUGAUAAUUCCAUAUCAUUUUUACAUUUUUUUUUUAAAGCAUCUUUUGCACAGAAGAAAGCCCGUGCUCACUUCAGCUGAACGUUCAAAAUUAUUCAUACAAUAAUCGUGAAUUUUGUAAUUUCGUUUUCAAUUUUUAAAUUUGAGCUGACAUUUUUUUUCGAAGAAUCAUCAUUAACUCGAUCCCAAAAAGACCUAUCUGCUUUUCAGAGAUACAACGCAAUAAAAAAUUACGGGCAAAAUCUAAGAGGUGAAAGGUCAAACCCAAGUCGUAUUGGUGUGAAAUUCGCCAUACAUACAUGAAUAUGUAAAGUAUGGAUUGCAAAAUUUAAAAACCCGUCACCACUCGAUUUUUCUAGAACUAGUUUUGACUGACUUCACAAAUUGAAACAUCUUUCACGAAAUCGAAUCUAAACUUGCCGAUUGUUCUUCAUGAAAACUAUUAUUUUUGACAACCCACCAAAAUUCAAUAGGAAAAGGAGAGACAAGCGUCUUUGAAAUAAAAUUGUUGAACAGUUCUUGGUUAUAUGUGUUACCUUAUUUUUCUACAAAAGAAUGUCAUUUUUUGUAUACAUUUCAUAAAUUUUGUACAUUUUAAAAAUAUAUACGUCAACAUGUGUAUAAAAAUGUUAACGUAUAAAGUUUUGACCAAAUUAUUUUCCUUCAGUGAGAUGCGAGUGUGACAUUAUCUGAAUUUCAACACAAAUAUAUAUAUUUUCCUAUACAUCGAUCUGGAAGUACGACCUGAUGGAACUGCAAUUUGUGCUUACUACCCGGUAGUACCUAAAAGCAAACAUGAUAUAUUGACGAUUUGAAGUAUAAACAUUUAUAUUUAAGAAAAUAGCUUGAAAUGUGAAACAAAAAACAAAAUAAUAGUAAUAAAUAUAUUUUUUCUACUAACUCUCCGGUUAUCGUGUAGUAUCCUUCGUAUAUGAAGCUAACUAAAAUUAAAUAUUUUAAUAAACGAACAGAUUGUACAAUUGA